AUGUCAGCACUUUUUCUAAAACAAGAAUCUUGUCCGAAGCUACUAUUUUCAUUUACUAUUGGACUGGGUAAACUGAAGGGCAUUGGGGGACUUAUCCUCACCAGCGUGUCGCUUGCAGGCGCACUGUCAACUGCGGCUACCGAGAUUUUGGCAUCUUCUUUGUUCCCGAAUGAAAAGUUACAAUUGACUGAGGGUGUGCUUUUGAAACUUUCGGUCGCCUUGCAAAAUGGCACAAUAUCAAGCCUGUUUGAUUUUGCGAAUGACUCCACUUCUCGCGCUGUGGCCAAAAACAAUCCCCCCCCCUUCGCUGCAAAGCAAUCCCGGGACUGGCCGGAGUACAACGCCACCCAGUGUGCGACCAUUGCCGCCAACUGGUUCAACUCAGACUUGAACAUGGAGGACCCAGCCUCUAUCAUAUUGCCCCUAUACCAAGGCCGCUCGUGUCUUCCACCGCCAUACAAUUGUACCGCUGGUUGCACUCGAGGUGGCUACCCGACAUACGCAGUGAAUGUUUCCACUGUAGCGCAGAUUCAGCUCGCGGUCAACUUCGCUCGGAAUUUGAAUCUACGCCUAGUAGUCAAGAACACCGGGUAUGACUUCAAUGGGAAGGCUCUUGAAAAUAUGCUCUUACUAUCUGGACCCACUACAUCAAGGACAAGGACGAUCAAAUUCGGCUCGGGUAUCCAGGUAUUUAAAGCCUAUGAGUUUGCUAAAAGAGUCGGUCAUUCGGUAGUUGGUGGUGAGGCUGUCACGGUUGGCUUGGGAGGUGGUUAUACCGCCGAUGGUGGCCACUCCCCGCUGUCUACUGUUCUAGCAAAUGGUCAUUUUAUCACUGCUACUUCUACAGAGAACGCAGAUAUUUUCUGGAUGCGCCGCGGCGGUGGCGUCAAUGAUACCCCAGGUCCAGAUGCCUUCUGGUCAGCAGUCGAGGCGUAUCUUGACAACUUCGAGAAAUUUGUUGAUGCUGGCACCUACGGUUACUAUUAUACCGACGCGUCUUCUGUUGAGAGUGGUACGGACUACGCCGGUAGUACCGACUACCAUUUCAGAAUCGAAUCUUUUGUUGCACCAAAUAUGAGUGUUACCGAGACCAAAACUCUCCUUGCUCCUUGGUUCAAUGCUCUUGAUAACUUGAAUGUUUCCUUCACUCCAUGGUACAACCAUGCAGAUAACUUUCAUGAUGCCUGGGUUGGGGCUUUUCCCCAGGAAUAUGUCGGAGCUGAUGUUGUCAAAACUGCUUCGCGCCUGCUCCCACGUAGUGUCUUCCAGAGCGAUGAUCUCCGAAACCAGACCUUCGAAUCUUUCAAAGAUGCUAUCAUUAAGAGCUCCUCGCUUUUCGUAACCAAGUGGAUGGAUGUGCUGCGUGAAAUAGCCCCAGACUCCGGUGCAUACAUGAGUGAAGCCGAUCUUCUCGAGCCGAAACUCCAAGAAGCGUUCUAUGGUACCAAUUAUUCCAGUCUCUAUGCACUCAAGCAGAAACACGACCCCACCAGUCUCUUCUUUGCUCUUACAGCCGUCGGCGCCGAGGAUUGGGAGGUCCAAACCGUUGAUCCUCUACCGUACUCUUGGAAUAACAACGGACGACUGUGUCCAAAGUCUUCUUGA